UCGCGAGCCAUGGGUUAUCGACGCGCUCGCUCGCGGAAAUCCUAAUCCUCGAUUUUAGUCUCGGGAUUUAUUUGUUGUGGUGUUUUUUUUUUUGUGCAAUGGAAAUAAAUUUGUGAUUGUACGGUGAAUUUAUUGUGCCAUUAUUUGGGUUAUCGGGUGCACCAGAUAUUUCGGGGAUAGGAUAACGUGAUAUGAAGACAGAGGCAGAAGAGUUGGCGCCCGAGGGCGUGUGUGAGGGUAAUGGUGUGGCAAAGGCAACAGGAACAACAACGACAAUCGGCCAGGACGUGUCACCGAGUGUAAUGGAGUGUGGUGGUUGUGGUGAACGGGUACGUGAAAGAACAGUCCUCUGCGUUGGCGGUAGAACAUGGCACUCGAGGUGUCUCAGAUGCUGUGCAUGUGCAAGGCCUCUGCACGAUCAGCACUCGUGCUUCCUCAGGGGGAUGAGACUUUAUUGCCGGCACGACUAUGCCCUGGCUUUCGGUGCUAAAUGCGCCAAAUGCGGGAGGAGUGUGAGUGCUGGUGAUUGGGUUAGGAGAGCGAGAGAGAGGGUUUACCACUUGGCGUGUUUUGCUUGCGACGCGUGUUCACGUCAGCUCUCGACUGGUGAACAAUUCGCUCUGCUCGAUGCCCGAUUGCUAUGCAAGGCCCACUAUCUUGAUGUCGUCGAGGGCAACAACACCUCCUCCGACGAGGGUGGCGAUUCGGAGAGCGGACACAAAGGUGGUAGCAAAGCCAAAAGAGUGAGAACUACCUUCACCGAGGAGCAGUUGUCAGUUCUCCAGGCGAAUUUUCAGCUAGACAGCAAUCCUGAUGGUCAAGAUCUGGAGAGGAUAGCCCAUGUCACCGGAUUGAGUAAGAGAGUUACUCAGGUAUGGUUUCAAAAUUCUCGGGCAAGACAGAAAAAACACUUGCACACCGGAAAAAUGAAGGGCCAACACACGCAUCAGUCGCCGCCGACUUCUACGCCAUCCCCUGGAGAUUUUGGACGGCACAUAAAUCUGCACCUGACAUAUUCCUUUCAGCACCAACAACACCACCAACAGAAUCAGGGACAUCAGACCCAAUUAAGUCCGGCGGCGUGCAAAAGCCCAACUCCCUCGAUCUACCAUAAUCACGGUUCAGAACAGUCGAUGGACGAGCUGUCCCAGGACUCCAUGAUGCUUACGAUGCCAAACGAAGUGUGAACCCUUCAUCAAAUCCUCUCUUUUGUAAAUAUACUCUCAGUAUUUCCUCUAAAUUAACGAUUGGCGCUGGCAAGGGGCUUGGCCUGUGUAAUUACGGUGCCCCAGUGGGCGGAUGAACUUCCAAGUGAGACACCGGAAGCUCAAAAACUUUUGCAGAGUAAUAUUCGAGGAUUAGAUUUAUAACUGAAUCGUCAACUUACGCUUGUGCUUAGGACUCUGUAAUCAAAAUAGGUGUACGUAGAUGAAUUUUAAAAUUGACGAGCACAAAAUUUCGUAUUGAGAUGAACGUGAAGUUCUAUUUGUUUUUGAUAUACCAAUGGUUCUGUCGUCAUUAAAAGAGAAUUCAUUGUUCAAGUUGUCGUUGUUGUUUCGUGAACUGUAAAACAGGGUAUCGAUGAGAAAUAUAUGAGAUGUCAGUGAAUGAUGAAUUCUUUUCAAUCCGGUGAUCGGUCCAAUGAACGCAGAUGAGAGAGCUAUUGCUACUCCAGAUAAAACACAUGUAAAUAUUGUAAACUAUUUAGUUAUCGAAAUAUACACUGCACUUAU